GUUGCUGCCGAGAAAAUGGCGAGGCCAAGACAUCUGCAGAUCCAAGUUGCGGCGAUCCUCCGAACGACGUGGUUCCUCGUCUUCCUCCGGAGCUCGUCGGCCGCAGCCGUGCCUGCACUCCGAUCACCGCCAUCACCACCGGCAGCGCCAGGAGGCACCCUCUGCAUCCCCCGCGAGCGGGACGCGCUUCUCGGCUUCAAGGCCGGCCUCACCGACCCGAGCAACUACCUGUCGUCAUGGCGGGGCGAGGUGGACUGCUGCCGGUGGGCCGUCGUUGAGUGCAGCAACCGGACUGGCCACGUCGUUAAGCUCCAGGUCAGAACCCACACCAACUCGAAAGGUGAACUCGUGCCCGGAACUACCAUUGGAGGUGAGAUAAGCUCCUCCUUGCUCACUCUGCGUCAUCUCAAGCACCUGGACCUCUCGUCCAACAACUUCGGCGGCAGGCCGAUCCCGGAGUUCAUCGGUGGACUCGGCAGCCUGACACAUCUCCUCCUCGCCAACUCGUACUUCGGCGGCCGGAUGCCUCCCCACCUCGGAAACCUCUCCAGCUUGCUCGUCCUCGACCUCUACGACUACUAUCAGCCCCACAAUUGUUACUCGCCUAGUCUCACAUGGGUGUCGCGCCUGCAGAAGCUACGCCACCUCGCCAUGUCCGGGGUGGACCUAAGUGCCGCCGUCGACUGGGCUCAUGCUGUCAACAUGCUCCCCUCCUUGGUACUCCUUGAACUAGUAUCCUGCGGGCUUCGGAACACUAUGCCGCUGCCGUUCCGCUCCAACCUCACAUCACUAGUGACCCUACAUCUCGAGUCCAACUCCUUUAACUCGUCCUUUGGAGCCAACUACUUGGCUUGGGACCUGCCCGCUCUCCAACACUUUUACAUGGAUAGCUGCGGAAUCGAGGGUUCUAUUCCUGACGCAGUUGGAAACUUGACCUCCAUUCAAACACUAUCCCUUAGCAGAAACAACUUUGGCAUGGUGCCUUGGAGCUUGAAGAAACUUAAAAAAUUGAAAUUCCUCAACUUAGGGGAGAACUUCAUCGGCGGGGCCAUACAAGAUCUAUUGCAUAGAUUGCCAACGGAUGACUUACAACAGCUAUACUUGUACCAGAAUAAUUUCACAGGGAGCCUUCCAGAUUGGCUAGAGCAAUUUAGCAGUUUGUCCAUACUUUGGCUCCGUAAUAAUAAACUAUCCGGAGAGAUACCGAUCAGUAUGCGGGAACUCGCAAAUUUAAAGGACUUACGGUUGGAUUCAAACAACUUGCAUGGUACGAUCACCGAAGAGCAUUUCAGGAAUCUUACUAGCCUACAGGUUCUAUGGAUCUCCAAUAAUUCCUUAACUAUACUGGUUGACAACACGUGGAACCCUCCAUUCAAAUUAACUUCAGCGGGCUUUAGAUCUUGCAUCCUGGGCCCCCAUUUUCCAACAUGGAUUAGCCAACCAACACUCGACAUUCUUGAUAUUGCAAACACAAGUAUACAUGAUUCCAUUCCCAUUGAGUUUUGGAUGGCAAUGCACAAUGUGCAAGUUUUGGAGUUAUCAGAAAAUCGGUUUGUUGGCAGGCUUCCCCCUUUUUCUAUAUUUGGUGCAUUGGAAGUUGUCGUGUUGGAUAUCAGUUCAAACCAUCUUGAUGGCCCGAUUUCGACACUCCCAAAGAACCUAGUCUACUUGGACCUCUCUAGGAACAACCUAUCGGGUCCACUACCAUCAGAUAUUGGAGCGCCCACAGUAGAAACACUCAUGCUCUUCCAAAAUUAUUUUUCUGGAACCAUUCCAUGCUCCCUGUUUGAGUUGCAGCAACUGAAGUUCCUGGACCUAUCAGAUAACCUACUAAACGGCACAUUGCCCAAUUGCCCAGAGUCACCCAAAACGUCAAAUAUCACCAUGCUUAACUUGAAUAGCAAUGAUAUUUCAGGAGUAUUCCCAUCAUUUCUCAAGAGGUGUAAAGAGCUAAAAUUCCUUGACCUGGCAUACAAUAAAUUUUCUGGGAGGUUACCAACAUGGAUCGGGUCAAAGUUACCGUACUUGGCAAUUCUGCGGUUGCGAUCAAACAUGUUUUCUGGUGGCAUCCCUUUGAAAAUUACCAAGAUGAAUCGGCUUCAGUAUUUAGACAUUGCAAGCAACAACAUCUCAGGGAAGAUACCACUUUCACUUGGGAGCCUCAUAGCUAUGGCUGAUACUCCCAAUCAACAAGAUGCCCUUUCCCAAUAUGUCCAAAUUCAACUGCCUUCUUCGGGAACUGUUGGUGCUACUAAUAGUGAUAGUUUUUGGGUAAUCACAAAAGGUCGGCGGCUUGAGUACACAACAGGAAUCAAUUACAUGGUAAACAUUGAUCUUUCCAGCAACAGGUUGACAGGGCAUAUUCCUGAGGAAAUCGGCAUGCUCGUUGCAUUGAAAAACUUGAAUUUGUCAUGGAAUCACCUUAGUAGCAAAAUGCCCCAAACUAUUGGUGAGCUUCGGGCAGUGGAAUCUUUGGAUCUCUCACAUAAUGAGCUGUCUGGUGAAAUCCCUACAAGUUUGGCACAUCUGACAUCAUUGGCCCGCUUGAACUUGUCGUAUAACAAUCUGACAGGCAGCAUACCUUCCGGCAAUCAACUACAAAUUUUGGACGAUCCAGCAUCAAUCUACAUCGGCAACCCAAGUCUCUGUGGUCCACCCAUCUCAAGGAAAUGUUGGGGAACUGAAACCUCUCCACGGGCUCCUGAAGAUGAGCAUGAGGGCAUGAGCGAUGCAUUGUCGCUAUACCUCGGCGUUGGCACGGGAUUGGUAGCGGGUCUCUGGAUUGUCUUUUGUGGCUUCUUAUUCAAGAGGAAUUGGAGAAUUCGUUGGUUCUUGUUCACUGACAGAGUGUAUGAUUGGGUUUAUUUGCAAGUGGAACUGAGGUGGGCUUCACUGGCAAGAAAUAAAUCCAUAGGGGCUGGCUGAGAUCAGCGG